GAACCUAAAAUACUCAGCCAAUGAGGAACCAGGGGAGGCAGCAGAGAUAAGCAUCGAGCAAUAGGGCAUAAAAGAUGUAAUGCUGUUUUCUGUGUGCUCUACUGCCUGUGGGAGGCCCACCGUUGUAAUUGCAAAUAAAAUGUGCUUUAUCAGAGACACUGUUGUGAUAGCUUAUUUGGAUGUUUCCAGCACAGCUGCAUUAAUCAAGGCUCCUUGGGCUAGUUAAUUGCUUUGUGAGGAAAAGUCAUUAAAGAAAAAUGCCAUUUUGGUAUUAGUGUGUGUAUGUGUGCUUGUGUAUGUAAAAGUGUGUGCUUUCCAGUGAAAUAAAUGGCUUUUUAAAUCUAGUUGAGUCUGGCAAUUCCUCUUCCACUGAGAGACAACUUCCUUCUCCACACAGGAACUUGAGGGGAAGGAAAUGGGAUGAAACAGAAAUAAAGAGAGAAGGGACAGUAGCACCUACAGAGGCAGCGAUCCUCGAAGCAAAUCACUUUCAUAGCAGGGCUGGGAUAAACUGGCGAUUCUAUCCUGCCCUGCGUCAGCUACAGCGGGCGGAGCUGGGAGGCAGGAGCCGCCCCUCAGCCGGCCGCCAUUUUGGGAGGGGCCGGGCCAGCCUCUGGCGCGCCCUCUGGCGCCCGCCUGCCCGCAGCCGAGGAGCAGCUUGACCGCCGGCCGAGCGUGCGGUCAGCGGCCAUGAAGUCCGUCUUCGUCACCGUGGGCACCACCAGCUUCGACGAGCUGAUCGCGGCCGUUUCUUCCCCGGCGGCCGAGCAGGUGCUCCGGAGCCGUGGUUGCCGGCAGCUCGUGCUGCAGAUCGGGCGGGGUGCAAUGCAGCCCUCCCCUCAGCACGGCCCGACCUUCGUGCGGGAAGUGUUCCGCUUCAAAGAGUCGCUGGCUGAGGAGCUGCGGAGCGCCGACCUGGUCAUCAGCCACGCAGGUGCAGGUAGCUGUUUGGAGACUCUAGAGGAAGGAAAGCCGCUGCUUGUGGUGAUAAAUGAGAAGCUGAUGGACAACCAUCAGCUGGAGCUGGCACGGCAGCUCCACAAAGAUGGACACGUCCUCUAUUGUAACUGCAGCACACUCGUGGAGACACUGCAGUCAAUGGACUUGUCAGCUUUGAAACCUUUUCCUCCUGGACAACCAGAAAAGUUUGCUUUGUUUUUGGAUAAAGUUGUUGGGUUUGAAUGGCCCGUCCUGUCGGUACUUUGGUGGUUUUCUUGCAAAACCAAACUCCCGAACCGGUGCUUCUCGUGCCCGAGCGCAGCUUCUAGUAGCGAUGUAGGAGCAGGUCCAUGCGUUUCCCUAACCUGCACGUGCUCCCCGAGGUGCGCCGUGCCCGCCCCGCAGGGUGCACGCAUGCAGGCAGACCGGCCGGCAGCAGCAGCGCCCGCAGCCGGGCACGAGCCCCCGCACUCGAGGCGGGCACAAGAGCGCGAGCGGCCGCACCUGGGCGCGCCGAGCGUCGACCCUCAUUGGCAGCCGGCUGCACCCCCAGUGCUAUGGGAGGAGCCUCGGCCCCGCUGGCCGGCCGGCACGAUGCACAAGGGCUGGAAGAAGUACUUCGGGCAGAAGUCGCUCAGCGAGGUGACUAUGGACGAGUACCUGGGCAGUCUCGGCCUGUACCGCAAGCUGACGGCUAAGGACGCCUCCUGCCUCUUCAGAGCCAUCUCGGAGCAGCUGUUCUUGUGCCAAAUUCAUCACAUGGAGGUGAGGAGAGCUUGCGUCUCGUUUAUGAGGCAAAACCAGCGGAACUUUGAAUCCUAUGUGGAGGGAUCAUUUGAGAAAUACCUUGAACGACUGGGAGAUCCAAAGGAAAGUGCUGGCCAGCUGGAAAUAAGUGCUUUAUCGGUGAUCUACAAUCGAGACUUUAUUCUGUACCGGCACCCUGGAAGGCCACCCACUUAUGCUACAGACAAUGGCUUUGAAGACAAGAUACUACUGUGCUGUUCUGGCAAUGGCCAUUAUGACUCUGUAUAUACAAAACAGUUUCAAGCAAAUGCUGCUAUUUGCCAGGCUGUGUUAUACGAGAUCCUGUACAAAGACGUGUUCCUCGUGGAUGAGGAGGAAUUAAGGUCUGCAGUUGAGAUGUUUCGAAGUGGUUCCAAGAAGAACAGAAACAGUGGCUGUCUAGAAAGUGAGGAUACGAGCUUCGGUUGUCUUCAUGAAAAAGUACCCAGAAAUCCAUCAGGAAAGAGAGGUGAUGACUGGGAAGGCAAUGAUGCUGACAAUCCAGUGGAAGAUAAGUUCAGACAAGGCACUGAAGAAGCAAAGACUCCAGAAAAUUCCUCGAAAAUGCCUUUCCCCUACAAAGUGCUAAAGGCUUUGGAUCCAGAGAUCUAUCGAAAUGUGGAGUUUGAUGUUUGGCUGGACAGCAGAAAAGAGCUUCAAAAAACUGACUACAUGGUGUUUGCGGGGAGACAGUACUAUUUAGGAGACAAGUGUCAGGUGCGUCUGGAUCCUGGAGGUAAGUAUUACAAUGCUCAUAUCCAGGAAGUUGGGCAGGAUAGCAACACGGUGACUGUUUUCAUUGAGGAGCUGGCAGAAAAGCAUACCGUUCCUUUGGCAAGCUUAAAACCAGUGACACAAGUAGCACCUGUCCUUGCUUGGAAUGUGGUUCCCAGCCGAAAAGGAGGAAGCUAUCAGAAAGGUGGUGGAUACUUCUCAGGAAUAGAAAUGGAUGUGAAAACACGGAAGAGAUUGCUUAAGAAAGUUCGUGGAAAGGAAGUCUUUAUGGCAAUGGCUUAUAGUAGGGGUCAGCCAGUUCUCCCGCCCCGGCUGCAGCAUGGUGUUCCCCCAGGGCGCUCUCCUCCAGUUCACUGCUCGCAGGGUGCUGGAAACAUGGCACCUUAUGGACCCUAUCAUCCUCCGAAUCCUCCCCAGAGGCAUAACCGUGGAUUUGGAAUGACGAGGGGAUCUGCCCGAUUUAUAAACAGGCACAACAUGGUUGGCCCUCAAAUAGCAUUCUACCCCAGUCCAGGAAAGAGAUGCUAUCAGAACUAUGACAGUUUCUCCUGCAGGUCACGUUCAUACAGCCGUAGCUGCCGUCAGAUGCAGUGUGUGAAUAAGGAAUGUCAGUAUGGGUUUGUACCAGAGAAUGGAGAAGAGCCUCAAGGAUCAGAAGAAACAAUAACUUUCUAUGAAAUUGAAGAAGGGAAUGAAACUUCUUUUCCUGCCUUAGCAGGCCAGGGUAGCCCUACUGCAAUUGUUCACAGUCCAGCAGGUUUUUGGGUAGCAAGAAGAGGCCCCAACUCAGUUCCAGCCAACAAGCAGACCCUGAAUCCCUCAGAGGAAGAUGUAGAAGAAACGAGUGAAAAUGGGAAAUUUCAUGACGAAUAUCUGUAUGCACCUCCAGAUCCAGACUGUGAAACUGCAGCAGUGUUUCAUUCAGCAGAGCCUACAGCAAACUUGGAAGAAGGGCCAGUGUCCGUGUCACCUCAAGAUGGAGUGGCUUCCUACGGCUAUCCCCAGAAGGUGAUGGUGAACUCCGCAGUAAUUGCUACCUCUGCAGGUGUUAAUGCUGCCCCACCUACAGUCUUCUCCUCAAAUUCUGCCUCCACACAAGCCAGUGUCACAACAGCAGUUCCCCCACAAACAGCAAUUCAACCAGUUCUAGUCUCUCCCCCUUCUAUAGGGAGGCCAGUACCAGUUUCUUCACUGCCAUUCCCAAUUUAUUCAGCUCCUCUUCCUCCAGCUAAUGAGGUGGGAGAAGCUGGUGCCGUUCCUCCACCUUACUCUUGUGAUCCCAAUGGCAGUGAUCUGCCAAGAGAUACGAAGGUCUUGCAGUAUUAUUUUAAUCUGGGAUUGCAAUACUAUCACCAGAGUUACUGGCAUUCCAUGGUCUAUGUACAGCCAGUGCCACCAGCAUCAUCUGUGGAGGCUUAUUCAGCAUAUCCUGAGCCAGCUCAUGUCAUGGAUCAGUCGGUACCUCAUCUCUACGAUGCUGGGCGAGCUGAGGUCCAACAUGUUCCCCUUGAUGUGCCUGCAAAUGGUAACUUUCAAAACACAGAGCCUCCAGCCCUGUCCCAUGGCAUGGUGUAUUACCCGGUGGUGUCAGACCCCUAUAGCCAGCCAUCUGCUCCAGGGUUUGACCCUUGCAUCUCUUUAGUACCCGCCUAUCAAUAUAUUGGUUCGUGGCAUUCAUUAAAUCCACCACAUGGAAAUUCUGCACGAGUUCCUAAUGCUGUAAGUUCUGGACAGCUGCACCAAGUCAGCUAUGUUGCCUCACCUAACCCUGCGGUGCCUUAUGUGCCUCCAGGAAUGUAAGUCUGGGAGGGUGUAAGCUCAUUUCUUGCACUUAGUUUUUCUCGUCUUUUUUCCAUUAACUUGUAUUGCUUUGUAAGUGUUUGUCUCAGUGGGCUGGGGUGACUGAUCAGAUUGUGUUCGAUUCUGUGUUUCUUGCUAAUGAUAAUGAGUUUGACAGGAUGAAGUUUUAGUAGUUCAUCUAAGGCAGCAUAGGAGAGGAGUAUCCAUAAACUAUAGCGCAGGGGAACACAAUGCAUGUAUUAGAUUACAUUAUAAAAUGUGUAAAAACAUACUGUCACUAAGGGAAGUUGCAUUACGUACCUGUGUGAGUGGGUACACCGUAGCACUUAAACACGUGGUUCUUGUCCAAGCACAGCUGCCAUUACAGCCACAGCAACAAAUUGGGUUCAGAGUUGGUUAGAGGACAGAAUUGUUUGAGAUAAGUUGGUGUUCAGAUUUCACAAAACAAAACUUGUUUUGCUGUUAGUGAUCACGUAUUUGUAAUAUGUGGUUUCAUUCUGUGUUGGCUUCAUGGCUCCUAAAAAUGGAAGAUAUUGCUUCGACCUGUUCUACUGUAUAUCGUUGUGUAUCUGUAAGAUGACGUUUUGUGAAAGCUGUUGCACGAGUGGUGGUAGUUCUGGUGUCUGAUUAGCACUGAUAGCACAAAAUAAAAGCAUCUAACCCAUGGAAA